CUUUUUUGUUCCCAGGUGGUAACAACCAGUGGUCCACGAAAACCUCAUCGACAAGCAUCGAAUGCCUUUUCAAUGGCAUCCAAUGAUCUGCAGCGUAGCAAUCAGGAUGUCUACAGUUGUUAUAAUAUUUCGAACGCCGAUAUACACCAGCAACAGCAUGCUGAUGGUAUGUCACAAACGUCACAUCACACCGCCGAUACACGUUCGAAUACAACGACAAAUCAAACGGAGGCCCAAUUGCAUGCAGCUGCCUUAACAACGGUACAACAACUUCAACUUCUGCAGCAGCAACAACAGCAGCAAAGAGUAUGUUUAGAAACGUCAUUUACAAAUCUCCAUAGUCCUGUGAUGAUUCAUAAACAUGCGCAUUUUAGUGAAAGUGUAAGCUCCAGUAAAGCCUCGUCAUUGGCUGGCAGUGUCCUAAGCCGUAGCCAGUUGAGCAGCAUACAAUGCGAUAUAUCAUCGGUGGCUGAGAAUAGCAUAGCCACGGUGGCAAUGGCAACGGCACGCAGGAGUCCUAUGGUGUCGAUACACAAUAUUGAAGUCCAUUCCCAUCGGUUGGAACAACAGAAUACCUCACGAACGAAACAGGUUGCAUUCGAAGACGUAUCACCGCCUCCAUCUUCAGCCACGACCAUAGCAACUGUCACAGGUAAUUUACAACGCCAUUCGUCCGAAAAGGGCCCAAAUAGUGCCAGCAAACCAAAAUCGUUGGUUAUACCACCCCUGCGCAGAGCUUCAGUAAACGAUACGGAAGAUGCGAAUAAACAACGAGCCGACAAUUGGGGUGUUGCGCCCUUGGCCAGUCCCGAAACACUCUCAGAAAUAUCCAGUAUAUCGUCACGUAAUAGUUUGGGUACAAGUCUUGAUCGUCAGCUACACGAGGGUGUGACGAGUGGCGAGUCAACCAAGAACGGUUGUGAUAAUAACAACGGCGGUAUGUCCAUGUCCCCCGAGGAAGAUAUCUUCGAAUCACAGUUACACACCCCCAAAGUCAUGCGUAGAGCACCAAAAUUUAUUGAAAACUUAUCGACUUGUGCCGAAGACAAGCGCAAUUUGGACCAAUACAAACGAAUGGGUCGGGUAUUUAUAAGCCAUCCGCUUUUCCACCAUCAACCAAGCCAAAAUUCCAGCGACGAAGACGACGAUAGCUUUGAAUCGGCAAACAGUUGUAAAAAUAAACCUCAGCAAAAUGGUUCUACGACUCGAGUUGAAGUUAAACUAAACUGCCAGAACAUUUGGAAGUCCGAAUCUAAACAAGAAACAGAAUAUCAACAAACAACGACUGAUGUCUCAAUAAAGCAGCUAACAGCCAGCGGCGAUAGUAUCCUCUAUGAUCAGGACGACGAUGAAUCGUGUCAGAAAAAUACAAUUAAUAUUAUGUCCUCUUUGGAUACUGGAGACUAUUACAGCGCCAAUUCAUCCAUCGAGAGAGUAUCAUCUUCGAAUCACCAUAACGAUGAUAAUGAUGAUGGUGCCGAUGAGAAAGUAGACCAUACCGGGUCUGCCACAACAACAGAAAACUAUCAGCAAAAUCAUACCCAACGAAUAGCAACAAUUAUUCCUCCUGGUGUCUUAGAGUCACAUUUUCCCCUACACUAUGAUGCAUUUACAUCCACAGCCACGGUGGCAACAACGGAACCAUACACAACCCUCACCACAACCACAACGUAUCCCAUUAAUGACAACGAUGAAGAUCAGCACCAACCGCAACCACAGCCACAUACUGUAACAGUACAAAGCCCUAGCAAAAUGUCGAUAUUAUCAAGUCCAUCAUUGCUUGGACGUAAACGAAACAAAUAUUGUAUAUAUCCCUCCGGACUCACGACGCCAUCUUGUAUUGUAGGUGGUGGUGGUGUUGGCGGCAUUGUUAGUGGUGAUCAGCAGCAGGUCAGCAUUCGAAGAUCAUAUAACAACGCCAAUACCACCACAACUACAGGAUCAAAUUUACCUGAAAUUCUAGUUACAAAUGGUACGAGACAACCUAGUAAAAUAUUAAACGAAAGUACGGUAUAA